AUGGCAGCAACGACGUACACGACAUUCGAGGGGACGCACAAGACGGACGACGGCAUGGAGCUGUACACCAAAACAUGGAAGGUGUCGGGGGAUGCAGCCAAGGCACGCAUGCUGUUUGUGCAUGGCUUCAGUGAUCACUGCAACAACUACCCCGUUCUGUUCGACCACCUCGCCAGCCAGGGGGUGGAUAUUUAUGCCUUUGAUCAGAGAGGAUGGGGUCGCUCAGUCCGCAACAAACAUGAACGCGGUCUCACAGGGCCCACGACCCGUGUACUCGCCGACAUCACCAGCAUGAUCCGCACUCUGCUCCCUACCCCUGUACCCCUAUUCGUCAUGGGCCAUAGCAUGGGCGGCGCCGAGAUCCUCCACUACGCCUCCACCGGGCCUCCAGACGUCCUCUCCCAGGUCCGCGGCUUCAUCGCCAGCGCCCCCCUCAUAAGCCUGCACCCCAGCACCCGCCCCUUCAAAGCCACCGUCAUGGCCGGCCGUGUCGCAGGUCGCAUAUUACCCAAAUUCCAACUCGUCCAAAAGCUAGACUCCAAGUACCUGAGUAGAGAUCCUGAGCAGAACAAGCUCUGGGAGCAGGACGAAUUGUGUCAUGACACAGGAACACUGGAAGGCUUAGCAGGCAUGCUGGAUAGAGGACUACAGCUCGAGAGCCACAAGGUCUUGCCAAAGGAGAGUGCGGGCGAAGGUGGAAAGAUUAGACUGUUGGCGCUGCACGGAACUGCUGACCAUGUGAAUGCUUAUGAUGCGACAAAGGCCUAUGUUGAACGCAGUGAUUUGAGUGACAAGGAGCUUAAGAGCUACGAUGGUUGGUAUCAUAAUAUGCAUGCCGAACCUGGUGAGGACAAGCUCAUGUUCGCCAAACACGUCUCCGAGUGGAUCAUGCAAAGGUCAGGACCUGAAGAAUCAAAGUCGAAGCUAUGA